ACAGCCUCAAUGCUCGUACUCGUGUGUUCCAUUGAUCAUACCUAGACUGUCACAGCACCCCGUAACACAAUCUUACACAGAGACCCCGAGAUAUACGGACUUCGGCAUCUAAUCUGUAAUCCAUGAAAGCCUCCAGCGCCCUCCGAUCUACUGCUACUCGUAUCCGAGUGGCUUCCCCACUCUACAAAAGAGGCGCCUUCUCCCCGCGCUCUCUCUCUUCUUCCCAUCAUCCGUCCGCAACCAGAUUCUUCGGUAGCAGCACUUCCCUCUCCUCCCACGCCGCCGCUGCCUCCAACAACAUGACGACCGGCUCGUUCAAAUACAUCGACCGAUCCUCGUUCGUCGACAGCGAUGUCGCGUUCGUCAAGCCCUGGGCCAAGGUCGAUGGACCGGGCUACUCGUUCAAAUUGGCGGAUUACGAACGUCCCGUCGAGAACCUCCGAGGGCAAGAGUCAAAAUUCAACACCGACAACGCCGGCUUUGCGGUGUACACGUAUCCCGCCCGGGAAAAGUCCUUCACGGACGACGCGGCCGUGCGAGAAGGGUACUACGCAGAGGUGGAGAAACUUCUCCGCGACAAACUGCCCGGCGUGAAGAAGGUGGUGUUGUUUGACCAUACGAUCCGGCGGCGGGAAAAGGCGUCUCCCCGUCAACCCGUACAGCAAGUCCACGUCGACCAGACACCCCGCGCGGCAGAGGCCAGAGUGCGCCGGCACCUACCCGCGGCCGAAGCCGAGGAGCUCCUGAAAGGCCGAUACCAGAUCGUCAACGUGUGGCGGCCGAUCGCCAACAAGGCCUCCGACUUCCCUCUCGCCCUGAUAGACUGGAGGACGACGUCUCCCGAGGAUUUUGUGAAGGUCGAUCUCCUCUACCCCAAGCGCCAAGCCACCAACGGCGUUCAAGACGACGAUGACCGGGGCAAGGAAGUCCUCCCGGAUCCCACCUCGGCCAGUUCGACCGAGGGAUACGAGGUGAAGGGAGAAACGUACUCCGUCGCGCCCAACGAGAGUCACAAAUAUUACUACGUGAAGGACAUGUCACCGGACGAGGUCUUGUUCAUCAAGUGUUUCGACUCUGUCAGCCAGAAUGUCGGGGGCACAAAGGGCCUGAGUGACGGAACACCUCAUACUGCCUUUGUUGAUCCGCAAACGAGCCCCGACGCACCUGGCCGUCAAAGUAUCGAGGUUAGAGCUUUGGUGUUUUACGAAUAAACCCAUUGACAACUUCGCGUCUGCAACCUUUUCAUUGAAAAAGACCUCGGGGGCAUUUCAUGACUUUCGAGACUAGCAUUGUUGAAGUUUGGGCAUGGUGUAUAUUUCAGCGAUUGUUGUUUUCAAGAACAAUACUUGGAUUUCUUCACAUUCUGGUCCAGUUGCUUCUCUGGCUUGUACUCCUUACUCGUAAUUUCCACUUUUCAAUUCGUGCUCGUAUGGAUACGAGGACACCAAUUAACAUUCGAGAAAGCUUGACAAUUUUGGGACGAACUAAAGAGACGGACCGCGUGUGUAUAUUGGAAUUAGCUAGAUUUACACAAAAGAAUGAUUGACACAAGGGUCAGGCAUCACGGGAAUGUAACCGGAACCAGAACAAAAUUAUACUGCAUACAUAAUAG